AUGCCAAGGGAAAAUAGAAAGCGAGGCAAGAAGCACAGGAAUUCCGCAGUCGACCAAUACGAACCAGUACCACACGAGCAAGAAUACGAACCUGAGGCAGCGGAGAAUGAAGCGGGACCGUCAUGGAUUGUCUCUGCGCCUCCAGUGGAGACGGCUAAUCCAGAAGCACCUUUUGGAUAUGUGGAGGCGGACAUCAAAGCAUACUUCCGUACCGUGGAUCUACAACUUCGUGAAUGGCAAGAUCAGAGGAAUGCUUCACAGCCGGAGGACAAUGUUGAUAUUGAUCCCAAUGAAGAGCGUCGCCUGUUCUUCCUUGCCGCGCUAACGGAGAUGAGAGGAAAGGAGAAGCAGCUUGCUACAGAUCCAGAUUGCUCGAACAUCCUUGAAAGGAUGGCUCAUUCGAUGGACGACUUCAUCCGCCGGGUUUUCGUGGACAGUAUGAUGGGUUCUUACGUGCAGCUCGUCAAACAUCGGUUUGCGUCGCACGUCUGUCAGACCGUCUUUGAGGUAGCUUCGAGCACGGUAUCAAGAGAGACACGAGGUAUUCUCCCCUCAGUCCCCCAAUCGGAAGAACAAGGUGAACUACGCUCUCUGACGGACCUUAUCCUGGAGAUAUGUGAGGAACUCCUUCCGUCCUUUACUACCCUCAUCAUGGAUCCCUUCGCCUCUCACGUACUUCGUGCUCUCCUGCUUCUUCUUUUCCCCGCCUCUCUACCAUCAGACCAUCAGAAGACACUGCGCUCGAAGAAAAGCGCCGCUUGGAAAUCGAAACACGUCGGUACUAUGAAGUCCGUAUUUGGUGAGAACGGGGGCACGGAAGAGGUUCAUUCUGUUCCCCCAAGCUUCAUCGCCAUGGCCGUUAAAUUUGUGGAAGUACUACAAGAUGAGUUAGGGCCGAAUGAAGUACGAGCGCUUGCGGCGGACAAAGUUGCAAGUCCGGUACUACAGAUGCUGUUAGAAAUAGAAUCCGCUAAUGCUAUAGCGGACAAGUCGGACAGCCUGAUGGACAGGGUUCUGGCUGGCCUAAUAUCUGCUUAUCAUGACAACCCAGAGGCAACCGUUGACCCAUCUGAUUAUGUUAAUGCGCUUCUGCGCGAUCCUACAUCGUCGCACAUGCUUGAAACCGUGGUUGCUCGUGUCCCAGAACCUGUUUUUGGGUCUCUUUGGGCGGUUUACAUUCGGCCGAAACUUGCUCGCCUUGUAAAUCACCCUGUAGCCAACUUCGUGGUGGCGCGGGCCAUUGGACGCACAGAUGAACAGCAAUUACUUGAAUGUUACACCGAUCUAGAGCGUGAGGGUGUCCUCGGCAAGAUAGUUAAGUCGGCCAGACUUGGUGUUCUGAAAGCUAUGAUAGAUCGAAGUCAAAGCCUUCCUUCAAGAGUCGAAGGAGUGAUCGAGGCUGUGUGCAAAGCGUUCGACCUCCAUUCUGCUGAAGACCGGAAGUUAAUUGUGCCAUGCAUCUUGCACAUGCUUCCAUUGAAGGAAUAUAAGCGAAGUGAACCUAGCCCAAUCAAUGAGGAGCAACAGCAGGGCGAGGCGAAAAGCAGUAAGAAAGCUCGAUCGCGCAAGUUCGCCGGUGAUGCCCCGAAGGGCGAGGAACGAACAAGAGAGCCGAAGAUACAGGGGGCUUUGCUACUGCAAUCUAUACUUCACCUUCCUUCUCCACAUAACGAACUUGUGCUUGACAGUGUACGAGCCCUCCCCAUCGACCAGUUGAUAGCUAUCUCGCACCACCCCAUCAGCUCUAGGAUACUCGAUGCCGUGUUAGACUCGCCAGGGAUGUCGGUUACGGUCAAGAGGAAGUUCAUUAUGUCCUUCCUUGGGUCUUUCCACCUUCUCGUGGACGAUCGUAUAGGAAGUAGAGUAGGUGAUAAGUGCUGGUCCAUUGCUGACCCCUUCUUGAAGGAGAAAAUCGCGCGGUCGCUCAUUCCUCAUGAGCAGUUCCUGGUAGCCUCAUAUUACGGGAAGUUCUUUGCGCGGAACCUCCGUCUGCCGUUACUAGAGCGGAAGCCCGACGCGUGGAGAGCACUGCAGUCUGGGGAGGCUCAGCCUAAGCAAGGCGUGCCGUCGACCGUUGACGAUCCUGAUCAGCGCGAUCCGAAAAAAUCGAAGACGAGUCCCAACGCUCAGAACCCGACUUCGAGUGUUACCGCAAAGGACAAGGGUAAACGCAAGCGAGAUGCGCAACAUGGGGACGAUAUCGAUGUACUUUUUGAUGAGUCUUUUGGUAAGAGAGUCAAACGAGGAGCUCUUCCAAGUUCAGAAAACCCCAAGUCGAAAGUCUCUGCGACCGCUGCAGAAGAUAGAAAUCUGCAGGACGUCCUGAAGGCUAUACAUUCUGCUCCAUCGGAUGAUAGGCCAAGACAUAGUAAAAAGCGGACUAAGUAGUGUUCCCUCGGGCCUCAUAGUUUUAGGUCUUAUAUGUGGCAUAGUUUGCUGUUAUGCCAGUAGUGACCAAUGUCUAAGGCUACUUUUGGUAAUUGCGGUCGUCAGUCGAUAGAAAGUGAUGCUAUACACCUCAACCCAUCUCCACAUCUUUAUCCUCAGGCCGCGGCUCGCCCCUCGACACUGAGUUGACUAGCUCACGCCUCACUUCCGGUCCAAUU